GUUAAAAGUUGCAUAUGAAAUGUUUAGCAGGGUCACAUAGUCAUAGUGGAUGGAUGCUGGGAUCAGUACUAGGGUCAAAUCUAUUUUGACCCCAACCCUGGCUUAGGGUUCCUUUUAUAGUGUGACAUCAUUGCAUUUUUGUCAAUAUAUAUUUUCUAAGAUCAGUUACUAGUGGGCUUACCUUUCACUGUGAGGAUUAUUAGUGGUAAACAUAGACUUUGAACUAUUAUUAUCAAUCAUCAUCAAACAAUAGUUGAGAAUAUGGUUGAAACCAGAAGGUUUACCAUUAACAUGAAUCUACUUCUAUAGAUUCAGGACAUUAACAUUAACUUCCAAGACUCCGAUAGAGCUCUUAUUCAUUGGUGGUAGUACAGGACAAUAGGCAAGCAGCUUGGUGAGAAGGCAACAACUGUUGGCGCAAUUAUGAGAAAAGAGAAGAAGUUCAAGAUGACGGUCAAUCACCCUCGGUCUGGGGCUCCAUGCAAGAUCUCACCUCGUGGGGCAUCAAUGAUCAUAAGGAAGGUGAGGGAUCAGCCCAGAACUACACGGCAGGACCUGGUCAAUGACCUGAAGAGAGCUGGGACCACAGUCUCAAAGAAAACCAUUAGUAACACACUACGCCGUCAUGGAUUAAAAUCCUACAGCGCACGCAAGGUCCCCCUGCUCAAGCCAGUGCAUGUCCAGGCCCGUCUGAAGUUUGCCAAUGACCAUCUGGAUGAUCCAGAGGAGGAAUGGGAGAACGUCAUGUGGUCUGUCUCCUGAGUGGCGCAGUGGUCUAAGGCACUGCAUCGCAGUGCUAACUGUGCCACUAGAGAUCCUGGUUCGAAUCCAGGCUCUGUCGCAGCCGGCCGCGACCGGGAGACUCAUGGGCGGCGCACAAUUGGCCCAGCGUCGUCCAGGGUAGGGGAGGGAAUGGCUGGCAGGGAUGUAGCUCAGUUGAUAGAGCAUGGCGUUUGCAACGCCAGGGUUGUGGGUUCCAUUCCCACGGGGGGCCAGUAUAAAAAAUAAAAAAUGUAUUCACUAACUGUAAGUCGCUCUGGAUAAGAGCGUCUGCUAAAUGACUAAAAUGUAAAUGUAAAUGUAAUCAUUAUGUGUGCUUGUCCUCAUCAGCCAGGGCUGUGCAGCUGUGUUGGCAGUUGGCACACUGUGUUGUGGAUCAGCUGGAGAGGCUUAUGUGAGGGCCAGGGCCCUGCUGCCUGCCUGCCUCUGAGCGUAGCGUGACCCUGCAGGCAUAUACAUCAGCACAGUGACAGGCUGGGUGCUCGGCCGCUCAAGCAUGACUCCAAGGCCACGUUGCUGCUCCUCUGUGUCAUAAGCCCCAACGACUCUUCAAGCUAUUCACCGAAACAUGUCCCCAGGCCCCCUUGGCAAGAUGGCAAUGACAUGGGCAAUGGGAGGCUGUUCAUGGACUUAGCAAUACUCAGCUAGUAAGUUUGCAAGUACGAUUUAUUUGGUUAAUGUGGUGUUUUUUGGUAUUAGGCGUGCCACAGGGCUCGGUUCUUGACCCAAUUAACGAGGGGCUGAGAGGAGGGAACAUCAGAUGCACCCCUCCAUAGCCUCUCGCGGACACACCAUACCUACGGGCCGAUGUCAUGCCACCGUGUCUACGGCCGUUACAUCAUCUGCUCCUGAAGCCGACCCCGUUCUCACUGCUAUCGGUCCCCUCCAUCCAUCACGCUGACUGGUUGACAGUUUGCAGAAGGUUGCAACGCAAGGCCUCUAAACACCUGGCUCUAGCCGAGAGCGUUGCCCACUCCACCUGCUAGUUGUCUUUAGUGGCCGUUUCACACUUUGCACCAAUACCAGUAAAGUCCUUUCUGUCGACUGGGCUGGUUGAAGGGUGAGUCCUGCCAAUGCUGUUUCUCAUUGCUCUCCGCUGAGCCCGGCUUUCACGCAGCUCGUAAACAUGCCACUCUCCUGGCUCAUCAGUCACGGGCCCUCUCCCUUCACUGAUGCCCUACAACGCUGGUGACAACCCUGAUAUCAGGGUGAUGUGGUAGCAGAUUGCCAACUUAAGCUCCUGUGUGGUUUGUAUGUCACUGCGGCCUGGAUCCACACCCACAGAGCUUCUGUAUUCUGUCCUCUUACAAGUUGACUUCAAGCUGCUUUGAAUACUGUUCACACAUGGUAUUCGUUGACCGGUGGACACCCACGUGGCCAGCAUAUGGUGGGCAUUUACUGCCCGUGUGCUUGAUUUUGAAGUUGUUACCAGUGGGUCAUAACCUUUUCUGUGUUGUGGUGUAUGUCAUUUCUUUGAUGCUCUCUGCCGACCGAUAUUCUAGCUCGCCAUCAGCUCACUGAUACAGGUGAUGACACACAUGCAGACAAAGUGUCCUGGACCACCCGAGCUUUAGCUGUCUAUAGCCUGACCUUGAAGAUGCAUAGGCUACGUGAGAAAAAAACAACACAGGGAGAAAGUAUGCAUCUUAUGUGCUCAGGGGUCAAGCUUCUAACCCUGCUAGUGUUCAGUUCAGCAGGUCUUUACGGCCUCUGCACAUUCUGUGUGAGGUUAUGCUAAAUGUUUUUCUUUACAAGUAAAGUGCAGUAGGUAAUGGAGUAGGUAAUGGACCUCGGAGAUGAGUGUGUGUGUGUCAUGUUCUCACUGUGGUUUGGAGAGGCUUGGCCCCUGACCUCUAGCUGGUUCAGAGAGUUGAAACCAACCUGGGGAGCCGAGAACAUUGAAUGUGCUUUCGCUAUUGAUCUGAAGCCCGUACGUCCGUAAAAAAUGAUAAUCCGUCGAAUCCCAUAUCAAAGAAAACAAAAUAGCAGCAAUGCCAUCUCAAGCGCUCUGCUCGAGACGUUCUGGCGAAAAGGUGAGAGAUUUACAGCACGUUUUGUCUUUAGUUUCUCAGCUAUUUGAGGUAUCUGUUAAACAGAUUGUUGCAUUGAUUUCUGGGAAGACAGAUGGUUGUGUGCAUGCUUUCAAGACGACCGAAGGAAUGAAGAAAUUGUUCAGCUCGGUAGAUCAAAUUCAGAAUAGCAGUGUCAUUAGAUUUCAUUUUAUUGUGUUUCGACACAUACGUUCUCGCAGACAUAUUUUCACGCAUGUUCCCUCUGGCAUAACUUGAAAGUAAAAAAAAAUGCUUUAGAAGAAGCUUUCUAUUGAGAAGUGAGAAUGUGAAUCAAAGAAUGAGAUAAAAAAGACCUUUAAUAGAAUAUGCCAAAGCAAUAAGACUAACUAUAAAUGUCUGAUUUAAUCCAUAACAUUGUUUACGAGACACACCAACAUUUCUGGAUAUAAUUUCUGUGUUGUAGAUACACCUGGAUUACUGACUGCUGUAACUGUUGGGUGUAUAAUGUGCAAACACAGCACAACCCUUAGCCGUUUAGAUGAAGGUACCCGGCGCUCAGUUAAAGGGAUAGUGAGUGUUUUGUAGGUAGUCGAAACGCUAGUGGUCUAGGCUGCCUAGUGCUGCGAACAGUGCUUUUGUAUCAAGUAUCCUAUGUAACUAUCCAAUGCCUCUCUCCAAGUCCCCAGCACCAGUCCCAAAAUCCCCAGCCCCUAUCCCAAUCCCUUAACCCCAGCCUCUCUGCUGUCUCUCCCAGUCCCAGGGCCUCAUUAAGGGACUUGAUUGACACGUCAGGAUGGUGUGCAUUUCAUUGAUGAGAAUUUUAGAGGCCGGGCUCGUGAUCUCCUUCUGUACUGAUCAGUACGUCACCCCGCAGCUAUCCCAGGGGGACGUGAGAUCGGUUUCAAAUACCCUGCCUCUUCCCUCAGAGGCAAACCUUCUGUCCUGUCCAGGAGCCCCCAGCCCAACCUGGCCCCCAUGGGAGCACAGCGAAAGGUAAAGCAGCUCGCAGCCGGUCAACUACCGCCACAUUGUGUAGAACUUGGACUUACUUCUGUACUGUGCAUAUGCUGUGAUUUGUAAUAUAUGACUUGAGAAUAUAUUGCAUAGGAUGUAAAGGGGAGUUCGGGAUUUUAUUGGUAAUGCUUUAUCUUUUCAACAAUUAUUUGCCUGGAAACUAUAUAGGAAGAUAUUGCAGUCACAGUGGUGCUUCUGUAAACAGAUUAGGUAACUACCAAAUUAUACAUAAUGUUUAUUGCUUUAAAGAAUCCCAAAUAAAGAAAUUGUUAUUAUUAUUAGUUAACAAUAAUGUUAUAACUUUCCCAUAUGUUAUCUAUAUGUAAAUACAGAGCUAGAUAAAAUAUGGACUGUAAAAUAAUCCCCAACCCUCAAUUGUUUUCUCUCUCAAUUUCGUGACGGUCAUCCUUAUAUUUGUUGUAAUAGAGGUUAUUUGGGGGUCUUUAUCAUUCAUAUGAGUCAUUUUCUAACUGUCACUUGUCCUAUUCAAGUCACACACAAUAUAGGCUACCCCAGCAGGUGCAGUAAUAACAUCAACAAUGAUUUAUACUCUAGACAGUUAUAUUUCAAGCAUUUAGAGUCUUUCAAGCCAGACAAUGUUUUGAGAUGAAUAACCCUUCACGAUUUGAAAAAGGUUUUGAUGGCAGUGUUAUGCACGCAAUGCUUUUUGGAUGGCUUUAGCUAGAGGCUUUGCAUUUUAAUUCUCUGUCAUAAAAUGAUGAAUUUGACUAAAAGUAAAAUAUAUACAUAGCAAAUUCUAUUGCACAGUGUAAACUUUUGAUCAAUAUAUUUAUCAAAUGUCUAUAUAUUAUUAACAUUAAUAGCCUUCAUUUAACACGUUAUUGUCUUGUUCUUAUAAAGUCUAAAUGUUUAAUGAAGUGUAUUGAUUCAGCAGUUUUAUGAGAGCAAAGUAAAAUACAUAUACUUAGCUACAGUCCACUUCGCAUAACUGCUAUUGCUGUCAUUUGUUUACCAACACAUCUUCUUUCAGUUGGCCAAAUUGAAAAUGACAAAGGGUAAAGUGCAGCUUGAUAAAUAUUCAUUUAGAGCUUCUAUCUAAUUUAUAUCAUUAAGCUGGAAACCCUUCGCUCAACAAGACAGCCACCACGUGCUUUUGCCACCCAAAGUAUCAACCACUCUAUACCUUUGUGUGUGUGUCCUCUGGAUUUUUCAACAUGAGGUCAACAUACAGGGGUUAUGCCGUCUUGUCGGAGUGUGUUUAAGGUUUGUGCUCUACUGACCUGCGGGGUACAUAGCACACAAAAGGAUUAUGCUGCAGAUAUGCCAGCCAUCUAGGUGUUUAAAUCAAAGCACAGGCGAACAGAGGGGAGAGGGGAGAGGAGGAGAGGAGGGUUUGGGGGAGGUAGAGUUUUUUCUUGUUGUGGGACUUGGUCAGGUGGGUGGAUGUGUGGGUGGUUGUGUGGGUGUGAGUCGGUAGUGGGUGGGGGUGCUUGAAAUAUGUUCCGGAGAGCGUGUGUUAUCUUUUCUCCUCGCCACUAACCAUCCAACACCCCCAGCGUGUCGUCACAUAGAACCUGGCGGCAGCUCAAAGGGAAUGCUGGGAAAUAGGAUCCAUAUGGUGGUACUAUAAAGUGCACCUCCAACCCAGAGCCUUCACCAAAAACUGGCCAAGCCGUCCUCAACACCGGCAUCCGUUCACCUACAGCCUCUCGUCUCUCCUCUCCUGUCUCCUCAGUAGUACUGCUGCUCCGUUUUACCCAAGGAUCCUUCAUCACACGUUACCUUUUUCAGGACUGGAUACUGAAAGGGGUAUGUUGAUUUUUUGUGGAAUUUAAUGGAUUCUGAUUGUUAUUGAUCAUUGCUUUAAUGAUUGGACAUCUCUUUUAAUUUUUGGAAAGGAUGUUUGGUAUUUGAAGUCAAUUUGUCUAACAUAUCAUUAACCUUCAUUCAUUUUGCAAUGCUGGUGCCCAAUUACUCGAAACUAAAUUGCAUCUCUCGCCUAUACCAUUGAGUAAGGAUGGUGUGUUUCAGUGUCUAUAAAUUGAGUGUUUCAUGUAGCAUGCUUUGUGCUCUCCUCAUAGGCUGACUAUGAAGAUUCCUGGGCCAUGUGGUUUUCCUGCUGCUGAUAGGAGGGAUUUGUUGCCAGAACAACCGCAAUGCCAAACCUAGUGGCAAGUCAUCUAAGAAGAACCAGAACCAGGGGGCCGAGGCAGCCCAGUCGGCCCCAGAAGAUGAGCCCCAUCCUGGGCCAGUGGAGUCGGGCAGGGAGGGUAACUCUGGAGGUCGGGCGGCAGCCCAGCAAUCAGCUUCACAGAACAACAAGGCUUCAGAUGAUAUGAAGCUGCAUGUCCUCAAGAACACUCAGGUCACGUGCAACGAUGGAACAGUGGCAGGGUAAGAUGUUCUGGAACACUUGUUAUGGAGGAAAUGAUGGCUGUUUAGAUAAGAAAAAAGCUCUAGAAAUUGUCUUAUGUCCUGAAUACAAUCUAUCAAUUUCAGCGAAAAUGGAUGUGAUAACGAAUCAUAUAGUGCUAUGAAAAUACUGAAAUAACUGCUGGCACUAAAAACGAUUCAGUUCAUGUUUUUGAAAUCAUCAGUGCUAUUACAGCUGUUAUUACACUAAUGUGUUUUGAUAUUAGAUACAGUAGUAAUAUAAUCCACAGCUAUCAGCUAUAUAAGUUGGUGACAGCAAGUGGUAAAUGGCUUUUAAUACUAUCAGAGGACUUUGAAUUAGAGUUUGGGGUUGGACUUUGAAGAAAUACAAUAAUUCAUGAAUUGUCACAUACGUUAUGGUACUUAGCAUACUUUUUUGAUAAGGAGUUACAAUGAUGAGUGAUUAUGGUUGGAGGAUCGGCCAACACAUGACCCUAUAUAGCAGUGUUCUCUAGGUUUCACACAUUCACAGCCCUUCAACCAUGUUUAUUUGUGGUCCACAGGUUUUACCUAAAGGAGUUCAAAGGGAGUAAGCGAUGGCUGAUAUUUCUGGAAGGUGUGUAUUUUAAACUCAACUGGUUAAUUUGAUCUUGAGAGGUCAGCGCAUGGCAUGUUUGCGUGACGCCCUCAUCGGCAUCUGGACCAGUGGUCAUCUCCUUUCCCUUUUCCCUGUCACUCUGAUUGGACGCCUCCUCCGGCAUUCGCCCCUCCGUCACUAUGGGAUAUUUAUGAGGAUUGCGUUUUGACAUCACGUGUAUUCUGAGACCUAGAACCGGAUGUGUCACAUCCUCUAAGAACAAACAUUUCAGCAGGUUGAAUUCAGCAGGUUGAAAUGUCACAACAUACAUGUCCUACAUCAUAGGUACUUUUCUGUUGGAUACAGGUCAACAAGUACCAAUAUGUCUACUUUUUUAUAUGGCAAGUAUCUGAUUAGGUCACAAAUGCCACAGGUUUGUUAAUUCUUUUAUUUUCUCAGCAGGUGGUAUUGCUCCAAAAGACUUGACUUACAUUUUAUUUACAUUUUAGAUUUGCAUAUAAGCAUAGCUAUGGUUAAGAUUAUAACUCAACCAUUAAUGGACCCCAGGUGGGAUUUUAGUAAGCAGUUACAUAAUAGUUACCAAGUUAUAUCCCUGCCGUUUCUAUUCAACAGUCCAUUGCCAUACAUGUGCAUCAGACCCCACAGACACUCCCUCAGUUAGGGAGCCUGACCAGAGGCUAGCAGAUGGAGCUGCAGGUGGAUGCCUCAGUUACCCUCCCUCUCCCAUUUCCUCCCACCCCCCAUUCCUCUCAGGCCUCCGAAAUGGGCUAACAAGGGGGUCUCCCUUUCUGAGCUUCUGAGACCGGAUGUGAGAAGCUAAUAUUAGUGUCUUAUUUUUAGGCGGUUGGUGCUGCUACAACAAAGACUCCUGCGAUACCAGGUAUAAAAAUAUCCCACGACUCAUGACCUCAUCCGACUGGCCCCAAACACGCAAAGGUAGGUAGGGGUCCUCCUGUUUUAGAAUGCAUCCUCAUCAUUCAUCAUACAUGUUUUACAUGGGCGUGCAUGUUUGGUCUCAUUCCCAAUAUACAUUGUGUCAUGGGUUGUUGAUUGUCAUGUGACAUCAGUGUUGUGUCCUACCGUAUGUCCAUUGAGAGGACACCACUGUCUCUGCUUGACUUUCCAUUGGUUGCUUUACAGGAAGUGGGAUAUUGUCAGCCCAGGCGGAAGAAAACCCUCAUUGGUAUAACACUAAUAUUGUGUAAGUAUGCUUGUUUACACGCUGGUUGUUGUAUGUUACCGGUACAUGUUGUCCUAUACUGUACUGCUAUAUCUGCCAGUUAGAAUAUUAGCCAAAGUUGGUAAGGGCCAGAACUAAAGUUCCCAGGAUCUGUGUGAUUGAAGAAGCCAACUGCAGGCUGAGUUGAUGAAUAUCAAACAUGACAUGCUUCACGAUGAGGGAUGAACCUCUCUUGUAGAUCCCAUGAAUCCUAUUACAUAUGUACAUGAAUACGUGUGUGUGUGUGUGUGUGUGUGUGUGUGUGUGUGUGUGUGUCUGGCUCUGACCCAGCUGUGUAUCUCCUCUUCUGCAGAUUCAUCCCGUACUGCUCCAGCGACGUGUGGAGUGGCACAGGGCCCACAGCCACCAAGCAGAAGAGAGGCCAGGGAAAAGAGAAGGAGAAAGAUGCCAGUAGGUCCUCUCACCACCAGCAAAUCCUCAUUAUUUUCCUCAACACCAAAGCAAUUUCAAUACUGUGCUUUGUUCUAUUGAUUGUAUAUCUAUGUUUCCCUCCAGUUGAGUAUACCUUCAUGGGUUCACUGAUCAUCCGUGAGGUCGUCAAAGACCUAGUCCCUAAAGGCAUCAAACAGGCCAAGGUUGUCAUGCUGGCUGGCACGAGGUGAGUCCCAUCUCCCCUGCUUUGGGUCUGCUCCCAAUCCAGCCCCCUUAUCUGUCUCCACUACCCACCUCCACACACACACACACAUACACACACACAUUGACGGAGUGAGUCUAUUUUAGGACAUCCUGUAACUGUUGUCUACCAUAAAGAUGUUUACGAGCCCUGCUGUCCUGUAUUGGCCGUAGAGUGUGGGACAAUGACAUAAUGUCUAUUAGGGGCCUCUCCCAUAAAGGAGGACACAGUUCUGGGGAUUCUUCCCAGGUUAGCAACAUGGUUGGUGGGACACCCUGAGGGCUAAAACAAGAACACACAGUUAAGUCUGAUUGUGACAGCAUAGCUAAUUCAUUAUUGUGGUUAGUUGACAUGUCGGCCAUUUUGGCUCCAAUAGGCAGUGUGCCAAUGCGGGGAAACGGUCACAGACACAGGCUUUUUACCCAGUUUCUUUGCUCCCCUGCAGUGCUGGAGGGACGGGAGUGCUACUGAACAUUGAGAGGGUGUCCAGUCAGCUAGAGCAACUGGGGGCAGAGGCCCAGGUUCGAGGCCUGGUGGAUUCAGGCUGGUUUCUGGAGAGUAAACAGCAGAGGGUUCCUGACUGCCCAGACAGUGUCUCCUGCUCACCUGUAGACGCCAUCAAGAGAGGACUCAAGUAAAGCACAUCUGUCUCUCUACCUUCAGCUUAUUCAAUUGGACAUUAAUGUCUCUAUGACCUUAUAAUGACAGAUGCCCUGAACAAAGCAUUGCGUCUCAUCACACUUGUAGCUUUAUUUCCAUUGGCUUGAAGUUCACCAAUCAUUUUAGCAUAUAACAGUUGCCCUGUCUAUGUUCAAUGCACACUGGAAGCCAUUUUUCUCCAAUCGCUGUUUUCUUAGGCUGUGGAACGGGCUGGUCCCAGACAAGUGUCGGCAGCAGUGCAAGAGAGGAGAGGAGUGGCAGUGCUUCUUCGGCCACAAACUCUACUCCUCCCUGACCUGUGAGUGUCUUUACUACCUACCAUCAUCUUUUAUCUAUCCAGCUGAAGGGUCAUGAAUCAGAAUGUUAGUCAACUUUAUGUCCAUCAUGUUACCCAUCAAGAUCCCAAUAAAUGUUACGUCCCUCAUGUUACUCAAUAAAACAUUUAUAGGUACAAGCAACACCCUAACUCUGAUCUCAUACUGUGACUUUCCCUCCUGUGUGUGUGUGUGUGUGUGUGUGUGUGUGUGUGUGUGUGUGUGUGUGUGUGUGUGUGUGUGUGUGUGUGUGUGUCAUAGCCCCUCUGUUUGUGGUGCAGUGGCUGUUUGAUGAGGAGCAGCUGAGAGUGGAGAAUAUCUACCUGGGGGGUCAGACCCUGUCAGAACAGCAGUGGACCUACAUGCAGAACCUGGGAAAGGAUAUCAAGAACUCACUCAAAGAUGUCACGUAAGUGUCCACCUGAAGCGACGGUAGUGACUGUGGAUGUGGUAGAGAUUGACAUAUAGGCCAAGAAUUCACAAAACCUAAAUUUCAGGAUGAAAACAUUAAGAACACCCCCCCUCUUGCCCUCAGAACAGCCUCAAUUCGUCAGGGCAUGAACUCUACAAGGUGUCGACAGCGUUCCACAGGGAUGCUGGCCCAUGUUGACUCCAGUGCUUCCCAAAGUUGUGUCAAGUUGGAUGGUGGACCAUUCUUGAUACACACGAAACUGUUACCCAUUCACCCUCUGAAUGGCACACAUACACAAUCCAUGUUUCAAUUGUCUCAAGGCUUAAAAAAUCAUUAUUUAACCUGUCUCCUCCCCUUCAUCUACACUGAUUGAAGUGGAUUUAACAAGUGACAUCAAUAAGGGAUCAUAGCUUUCACCUGGAUUCACCUGGUCAGUCUAUGUCACGGAAAGAGCAGGUGUCCUUAAUGUUUUGUACAGUCAGUGUAUACAAUUGAUCAGCUGAAAUGGAAGAUUUGCAACAAUGAAACAACAGCAAUAUUCUCCACAUGUUCCCAACACUAUCAAAGAUAUCACUCUGCUCAGUGCUGACGUUAUACUGUGGUGUGUGUUGCAGGGCUGUGUUCGCACCCUCCUGCCUGUCCCACACAUUGAUCACUAAAAGGUAAGGACAUCUGACUCCCUGGGGGCCCUGAAAAGCACAUCAUAUAUCCCCUCUACCCCUCACCCCUACCUUGACCCCUCUCUACCCAGUGAGCUCAUGCUACUCUUUUUGUGUAGCUCGUUCAUCAAGCCGCAUUCUGCGUGUCACUGAAUGCCAUUUCACACUUUCACUAACCCCCCAGCACCCCUUACACACACACGUACACACACACACGCACCCACCCACGCACCCACCCACAAACGUGCACAAACAAACGCACCCCUGUAAGCAAGCAAACACAUACAUACUUAAAAGGGAACACACACACUCAUAAAAUCACACACACUUAACACACACACCUCUCCAGCUGGACAUAGGGUCAUUGACAGGGCAGAAGGUGGAGCCUAUGCUCUGGUAAAGGGCAGGGUUAGAGGUGGGAGGAGUGAUUAGCUCAGGGUUGUUGGGGAGGAGCUGGUUGCCUAAUCAUACUAGUGUGAGGUAGGUGGAUCAUAUUUUCACAGUUUUGUAAUCUAAUGCAGGGCUAUGAUUAUGGUGGUUAUGGUGGUGGUGUUGGAGGCUGGACACAUGGAGGGCACAGCUGGGGAACCAAUUGAGACACAGCCUGCCAAGGCAAACUGCUAAGCUUGUGAGAAGAUAUAGGGCUCAAGUGGCACAACACUCUCUCACAUUUACCUACUUCUAUCAUCUCCCCAUUCCCUCCCUCCCCCCCCUCUCUCUCUCUCUCUCCUGCCCUCUUUCUAUCUCCCUCCCCCUCUUUCUCUCUCUCUCUCCCUCCCCCUCUCUCCUUCUCUCCCUCAUUCUUUAUAUUAGUAACUGGAUGACGUUUCAAGUCAAAGGCACCUCCCUGCCCCGGGCUCUGCAGUGCUGGGAUAAGAGUUUCCAAGAGGCCAACCGUAACAGCAAGACCCCCCUGAAGGGCUGUCCCUUCCACCUGAUCGACACCUGCCACUGGCCCCAGUGCAACCCCACCUGCCCAGCCCUGGUGGACCAGGCCACCCAGCAGGAGCUCACGCUGCUCCAGAUGUUAGUGGGCAUGGGCCUGGACCUCCAGAAACUAGGCCUGGACCUCAGGAGGGACAGUAGCUCUAUAACUAGCAUGAUCAGUAGCGGUGGCUAAGAUAAGAUGUAUAGAAGCCCAUUCUCUGGCUUAGUAAAGGGGAAUUUAUUAUGAGUUAUGACGUAACCAUAAAAGGUACAGAAUCUGGUUACUUCUCUUGUGCCGCUCAGCCAUUCCAUUGUGCUCCACUGUUACCAUGCCGUCUUGAACGGUGGGUAUGUCACUGGGCUUACAGUAUGUCUGUCUGUAACGUUACAGUUUGCCUCCAGGGUCCCUCUCCUGGACAGUUAAAGAGGGGAGGGUAGUGAUUCCCUGGGUUGUGUCUCACAUUCACAUUCAAGGAGAACGAGGAGUGCCGGGUACCUGUAGCUAACCAGUCAGACACCAAACCUGCAACACACUUUCACCCAACUACAUGUACUAUACAAAACUUCAACAACAUUUUGUGAAGUGAAACGUACUGCUUUUGAGGAUUUUUGAAUAAGCGAUUGGCACAUUUUAUCAUCUUGCCAACAUAGGACUGGUACAGUAUUCAGAGGAAAUGUACAUUUUACUGUAGAUGGUUGACUGGAAAGAGAUAUUAGAUCCAUGUCCAAGCUCAAACACGGUCAGAGAAUCAAGGACUGUCUUGCAAGGACACUUGCAUUGCCAAGACCAUUCUCUAACUUUUAUUGUAUGUGUUCUACACACACACACACACACACA